AUGGCGACGGAGACAGAGGACCAGCCUGCAACGGCCGGCGACACGGCAGCCGGCAAGCAGCAGCAGCCCAAGGCCCAACCCACCAAGGCCCAGCCCAACGACAAGGAACCUGCAAGCAAGGGGGAGGCAGUAGCCGAGGAGAAGAAGCUGUCCAACGCCGAACUCAAAAAGAAAGCAAAGGAAGAAAAGGCGGCGAGGAGAGCGGCGGCCAAGGUCACAGUGACGACGCCAGCACCCGCCGCUUCUGCCCAGCAUGGAACCUCCGUUGACGGCAAAGGCGGGAAGCAAAAGACCAAGCACGAUGGCCAUCAGGUCGGGAGCCAACACCGAGCAGGCUCCAAGUCAGUGCUGCCGCCCGUCGUCAAGGAGACGAAGCCCCGGAUCCCCGAGUCCUUCAGCCACCUGUCCAUGGCCCGGCGGAUAACCAUCACGCAAGCCGACAAGGAUGUCCACCCGGUCGUGCUCGCUCUGGGCCAGCAAAUGGCCACCUUCGCCAUGAGCGAUAGCAUCACUCGAUUGGAGGCGACCCUGCUGGCGUUCAAAAAGGUCAUAGACUCGUAUACCACCCCCCACGGAGCUACAUUCUCUCGACACUUCACCUCGCACGUUCUCAACCCCCAAAUCGAAUACCUCACAGCCUGUCGCCCCAUGUGCUUUUCCAUGGGCAACGCCAUCCGCUGGCUGAAGCUCCAGAUCAGCAAGAUUGACAUCGACCUUCCAGACUCGGAUGCCAAGAAGCUUCUGGGUCAGUCUAUCGACAGCUUCAUUCGGGAACGCAUCACCUUGGCCGACUUCGUCAUCGUCAAGACGGCAGCGGCCAUGAUCGAAAACGACGAGGUCGUCCUGACCUAUGCGCACCACCACCUGGUCGAGCGAGCGCUGUUGCGAGCAAAGGAGGAUGGGAAGAAAUUCAAGGUCAUCCUUGUCGACGACCCUUUCGAGCGAGUGGGAAUCGAUCAUGCCAAGAGACUCAUCGCCGCCGACAUCCCCGUCGUAUAUGCCACCGACAGCGGUGCGCUGCGAGCCAACAUGAAUGAGGCGACACUUGUCCUUGCCGCCGCCGAGGCCAUGUUUAGCAACGGUGCCAUGUACGCGCGCGCAGGCUCAUGCGACAUUGCCGCCGCCGCCACGGAUCAGGGCGUGCGCGUCGCCGCUCUGUGCGAGAGCAUCAACUUCACCGAGCGAGUCUCCAUCGACUCGCUCACCUACAACGAGAUCGAUCCCGAAAACUGCACCGACGAGAGCUUCCGGCUGCUUUUCGACACCACCCGGGACAGAUUCAUCACCGUCGUCGUCACAGAGCUGGGGAACACCCCACCCAAGUCGGUGCCGGCCAUUCUGCGAAAGAUGGAGGAGCUGUGA